AUGGCGACUCCUGGAGUGGGGUUUGGACCGGCAAAGAAGCCUGGCUAUGAGACUUCAUCGGAGCCUUUUCAUAAAAUACGGAUCACCUUAGCUUCGAGAAACGUGCGAGCGCUGGAAAAGGUCUGUUUUGAUCUUGUUCAGGGCGCGAAAAGCAAGGGAGCAGUUUCUCGCGCGGAACGCUCGCAGAUGCGAGUCGAUGGCGCGCUGCUGGGAGCGUCAUCAGGUGCGUCGUCUGAGAAGGGGCGGCUCAUGCGAGUAAAAGGUCCAGUGCCGCUGCCGACACGUCGUCUGCGCAUCACGACGCGCAAGUCACCGUGUGGAGAGGGAACCAACACCUGGGAUCGUUUCGAGAUGCGCAUUCACAAACGUAUUAUUGACCUUGAAGCGCCCACUGACGUAGUGAAAAGUAUUACUGCUGUUUCUAUCGAGCCCGGUGUGGAAGUUGAGGUUACCAUACAGGAGUAA